AUGGUGCAUACAUAUGAGGUCGGCACGCGGGCGUGGCAACCAGACCCGACUGAGGGAUGGGUUGCGUCUGAGGUGACUGAGAAGGUAGUGGACGGGGAGAAAGUGAAGCUGGUGUUUACUUUGGAGAAUGGAGAGACGAAAACUACCGAGACAACUCUGUCGGAGCUGGAUUCGGACACAAAUGAAAAGCUGCCGCCUUUGAUGAACCCGACGAUGCUAGAGGCCAGUGAAGAUUUGACGAACUUGUCUCAUUUGAACGAGCCGGCUGUCCUCCAAGCUAUUAAGCUACGGUACUACCAGAAGGAAAUCUACACAUACUCCGGUAUCGUGCUUAUAGCAACCAACCCGUUUGCCCGUGUUGAUUCUCUUUAUGUCCCUCAAAUGGUUCAAGUUUACGCUGGGAAGCAACGAGCUUCCCAGGCCCCCCAUCUCUUUGCUAUUGCUGAGGAGGCUUUCGCUGACAUGUUGAGGGACACCCAAAACCAAACAAUUGUCGUAUCUGGUGAAUCUGGUGCUGGAAAGACCGUUAGUGCAAAGUAUAUCAUGAGAUAUUUUGCUACCCGAGAAACAUCAGAUAAACCUGGCUCAUACUCUACCGGACGGGCAGACUCUAUCAGUGAGACCGAGGAACAGAUUCUAGCCACCAACCCCGUCAUGGAGGCCUUCGGUAACGCAAAGACAACCAGAAAUGAUAACUCGUCGCGAUUUGGUAAAUACAUUGAGAUUCUUUUCGAUAACCGAACGAACAUUAUUGGUGCGAAAAUCAGAACAUACCUUUUAGAACGGUCGAGGCUGGUCUUCCAACCCUUGAAAGAACGAAACUACCAUAUCUUCUAUCAACUCAUUGCCGGUGCUACCGACGCUGAGAGGCAAGAGCUGGGAUUGUUAACCGUCGAGGAGUUUGACUACUUGAAUCAGGGAGGAACACCUGUCAUUGAUGGAGUCGAUGACAAGGCUGAGCUCGAAGCCACCAGAAAAUCCCUCACCACCAUUGGAUUGGAUGAUGACAUACAGGCCUCUAUUUUUAAGAUUUUGGCUGCGUUGCUUCACCUUGGCAAUGUCAAGAUUGUUGCUACCAGGAAUGACUCCUCUCUCGAGCCUACUGAGCCAUCUUUGGUUCGAACCUGUGAGAUGCUGGGUAUUGAUGCUACUGAGUUUGCUAAAUGGACCGUGAAGAAACAACUCAUUACCCGAGGCGAGAAAAUUAUUUCAAACCUCAACCAGGCCCAGGCUCUCGUUGUCAGGGAUUCGGUCGCUAAAUUCAUCUAUUCCAGCCUCUUCGACUGGCUGGUGGAGACAAUCAACCGCAGCUUGGCAACCGAAGAAGUUCUUAGCCGAGCUACCUCAUUCAUUGGUGUCCUCGAUAUCUAUGGUUUCGAGCAUUUCGCAAAGAACUCCUUUGAGCAGUUCUGUAUCAAUUACGCAAAUGAGAAGUUGCAACAAGAGUUCAACCAACAUGUUUUCAAGUUGGAACAGGAGGAAUAUGUUAGGGAACAGAUUGAUUGGACUUUUAUCAACUUCUCUGACAAUCAGCCAUGCAUUGACCUCAUUGAGGGCAAACUGGGUAUUCUAGCUCUGCUUGAUGAAGAGUCUAGAUUGCCAAUGGGUGCUGACGAACAAUUCGUCAACAAGCUGCACCACAAUUUCGCUGCUGACAAGCAAAAGUUCUACAAGAAGCCCCGGUUUGGCAAGUCCUCUUUCACCGUCUGCCAUUAUGCCAUUGACGUCACCUACGAGUCAGAUGGCUUCAUUGAGAAGAACAGGGAUACAGUCCCUGACGAGCACAUGGAAGUCCUCAAGAACUCUUCCAACUCCUUUAUCAGGGAUGUCCUCCAAGCUGCUACGGCUAUUCGCGAAAAGGAUUCUGCCUCCAUGUCCUCCAGGGCCGUUGCAGCCCCAGGAAGGAAGAUCGGAGUUGCCGUUAACCGUAAGCCAACGCUAGGAGGCAUCUUCAAGUCCUCCCUCAUUGAGCUUAUGAACACUAUAAACUCCACUGAUGUGCAUUAUAUCCGGUGCAUAAAGCCUAAUGAAGCGAAGGAAGCCUGGAAGUUUGAGGGCCCUAUGGUUCUCAGUCAGCUUCGAGCUUGUGGUGUUCUUGAGACCGUGCGAAUAAGUUGUGCCGGUUACCCAACCCGAUGGACUUACGAAGAGUUCGCUCUCAGGUAUUAUAUGCUUUGCCACUCUUCGCAAUGGACAUCUGAAAUUCGUGCCAUGUGUCAUGCUAUUCUAUCGAAAGCCUUGGGUGACAUCACUCAGCAACAGCAAGACAAGUACCAGCUUGGUUUGACUAAGAUCUUCUUCCGAGCUGGUAUGCUUGCUUUCCUAGAGAAUCUCCGUACUUCCCGCUUGAAUGAAUGUGCCAUUAUGAUUCAGAAGAAUCUUAAAUGCAAAUUCUAUAGACGGAAGUAUCUUGCCAUGCGUGGUUCGAUUCUUGCCUUCCAAGGCCUCAUUCGCGGAUUCUUGGCCAGACAGCACGCCGAAGGAGCCCGCCAGGUCAAGGCCGCGACCACUAUCCAGCGAGUCUGGAGGGGCCAGAAGGACCGCAAAUACUACCACAAGAUCAGAAACAAUGUCAUUCUCGUGGAGUCGUUGGCGAGGGGUUACCUUUGCCGCCGAAACAUUAUGGACAGUAUCCAUGGAAACGCAGCGAAAGUUAUUCAACGGUCUUUCAGAACAUGGCGACAAAUCCGCAAAUGGAGAGAUUACCGCCGCAAGGUUGUCAUUGUACAGAACUUGUGGCGUGGUAAGAAGGCUCGCAGACAGUACAAGACUCUACGUGAGGAGGCUCGCGAUCUCAAGCAGAUAUCCUACAAGCUUGAAAAUAAGGUGGUGGAGUUGACCCAGUCACUCGGAUCUCUGAAGCAGCAGAACAAGUCUUUGACUUCCCAGCUCGAGAACUAUGAUGGACAGAUCAAAUCCUGGAGAAGCCGGCAUAACGCUCUUGAAGCCCGGUCCCGCGAAUUGCAGGCUGAGGCUAACCAGGCUGGUAUCACUGCUGCCCGCUUGACAGCUUUGGAGGAAGAAAUGUCGAAGCUUCAGCAUAAUCAUAACGAGUCACUUGCAACUAUCAAGAAACUACAAGAGGAAGAAAAGUCAACCCGAGAAACUCUCCGUCUUACCAGCCUUGAACUUGAUAAUGCUAAGAAUGCCAUUGCUGUCCACGAACAAGAGAAGACCUACCUCCGCCAGCAAGUUGUUGAACUGCAAGAUGAGCUUGAAUUUGCUAAGAGGUCUGCGCCUCUCAAUGGACUCAAUGGAGACCUGAAUGGAAACGCACCUACUCAGCCAAGCUUAUCUGGUUUGAUCAACUUGGUUGCUUCGAAGAAACCCAAGCCAAAGAGACGCAGCGCCGGGCUCGAAAAGGUUGAAAUCGACCAUCGUUUCAGCGGUGCUUACAACCCAAGGCCUGUCUCUAUGGCCAUACCCACCGGUGGAGUUGGCCGCAAUGAUUUCCGAAACUCAGCAUUCGCUCCUGGAAUCGACUCUGUGGAGAUUGAACUUGAGAACCUUCUCUCCGAAGAAGAUGCCCUUAACGACGAAGUUAGCAUGGGUCUCAUCAAGAAUCUUAAGAUUCCUCUCCCCAGCUCUGAUCCACCACCCACGGAGAAGGAAGUCUUGUUCCCAUCCUACCUCAUUAACCUGGUCACAUCCGAGAUGUGGAAUAACGGUUUCGUGAAAGAAUCCGAACGCUUCCUUGCUAAUGUUAUGCAGGCAAUUCAACAGGAGGUCAUGCAACAUGAUAGUGAAGAUACGAUCAGCGCUGGUGCGUUCUGGCUUUCCAACGUCCACGAAAUGCUUUCCUUUGUCUUCCUUGCAGAGGACUGGUAUGAAGCGCAAAAGACCGACAACUAUGAAUACGACCGUCUUUUGGAGAUCGUCAAGCAUGAUUUGGAAUCCUUGGAGUUCAACAUCUACCACACAUGGAUGAAGGGAUUGAAGAAGAAGCUAUUCAAGAUGAUUGUCCCAGCCAUCAUCGAAUCUCAGUCCCUACCGGGUUUCGUCACAAGCGAGACGAACAGAUUCCUUGGAAAACUGCUGCCUUCCAACAACAACCCUGCGUACAGCAUGGACAAUCUCCUUAGCCUGUUGAACAAUGUUUUCAAGGCUAUGAAAGCAUACUACCUUGAAGAUUCCAUCAUUACCCAGACCGUCACUGAGCUGCUCCGACUUGUUGGUGUCACUGCGUUCAAUGACCUGCUCAUGCGACGUAAUUUCCUCUCAUGGAAGCGUGGUCUGCAAAUUAACUACAACAUCACCCGUAUUGAGGAAUGGUGCAAGAGCCAUGAUAUGCCAGAGGGUACCCUACAGCUAGAACAUCUAAUGCAAGCAACCAAGCUGCUUCAACUGAAGAAGGCCACCUUGAACGAUAUAGAGAUCAUUCAAGAUAUUUGCUGGAUGCUCUCACCGAACCAGAUUCAAAAACUUCUCAACCAGUACCUUGUUGCUGAUUACGAACAGCCUAUCAAUGGUGAAAUCAUGAAAGCUGUUGCGUCCCGUGUAACUGAGAAGAGCGAUGUUCUGCUUCUGACUGCAGUUGACAUGGAGGACAGCGGUCCUUAUGAGAUUGCUGAGCCUAGGGCCAUUACUGCACUUGAGACGUAUACACCAUCCUGGCUGCAAACUCCUCGACUUAAACGACUCGCAGAGAUUGUUUCUGUCCAAGCAAUGGCCCAGCAGGACCGCCUUGACAGCUUAGAGAUGGGAGAGCCACCAGAGGAUUAA